AUGGAGGAAGAAAAGAUUGCUACUGAUGCUUCUGAUAAGCGUAAAGUUGAGGAUGACAAUAUCAACCCUAAGCCUAAUCCUAAACGAAUUAAACUUGUUCGACCUGUAUUUUCGCCCGUGGCCAAGCCUUCAAUCUCCACAACCUCAGAAGUCAAUAAAUCUGAUGUUCUACCUACCGAUAUACCUAAAUCUAAUAUACAAUCAACAGAAACACCUAAAUCUACUGUACAAGCAACAGAAGUCCCUAAAACCACUGUACAACAAUCAGAAAUAUAUAAAAUUAAUCCAAAACCAACUGAACUACAUAAGUUAAACAAUAAUUCUGGCUCGAAAGUUUCAACUACGGCUGAUGUUUCACUAUCUACUGAAAAACCAGUUGAUCGACUAGAAAUAGUAAAAUCAAAUAUCAGUUCAUCAGAAACUGUUAAAAAGCCUGUAGUCACUCUUCAAGUUUCCGAUGAACAAGUUGAUAGCAGUUCUGAUGCUUUAGAUAUAAAAAAUAUAUUUAGUGAAGAAACAAAAAAAGAAUUGGAACAUUUAAAAAAAAAUAUUUUCAAGAUUGAUGAUGAUGGGUCAUCCUCAGAAAAUGAUAGCCAACCAAAGCGGCCUCGAUUGAAACGACCAACUUUUGUAACAUCAACUGUUGAAGUUAAAGUUGAACCUACUGAUUCAAAAAUAAAUGAAACGUCUAGGCUGGAGCCACUAAAAUCUGUUUGUGAAGAAAAUAUUGAUCACAUAACUGAAAAUAUUACUGAAGACAUAAAGUUAAAACAGGUAGAACAAGUCAACAUUUAUGCUGAAGAAAUAUUAAAAAAAAAAUCCAAUGUUACUGAAAAUAUUAUAAAAGUUGAAGAAGAAAAAUCUACUGCAUUCAAAUCUGUUGUUAAACUAGUUGAAAACAAAACCAGUGUACCAAAAAGUGUUGAAAAAAGUACUGAAGUGGAUAAUUUGCUUGAUGUUGAUAAAAUCAAAUCUAUACAAACUGCUACUAAUAUACAUAAAAAUACUGAUGUAAAAGAAAGUAUAUUAGCUGAGAAUAAAUCUAUUGACAAAAAAAAGGUUAAUUUAACAGCUGAAGAACAAAAAUGUUUAAAAAAAGAAAAACCGUCUGAAGAAAAUGCCCUUAGCAUAGGUGCUUAUGAUAAAGAUACAGUUUUUAAUGCUGUGAAAGAUAGUGUUAAUGACAACUAUAGAGUGAUUUUAGAAAGAUUAGUAGUUGACAAACAAUCUAACUUUAUAACACAAGAUAAAAACCCUAGUCCAAUAGUUGUGAAACUUGAAGAUGACAAAUCUAUGGUUGAAUCCAGUUAUGAAUGUACUGAUAAAUAUAAUGAAAUAAAAAAUGAAAUUGAUAUUCAUGAUGAAAUAAAAAAUGAAUUAUCUGAUUCACAAUUACCUAAUACUCAGAAAGAUAAUGAUGUUACUUAUUUAGAAAGUAAAAAUCUAAAUUCUAAAAAAAUUAUAUAUGUUGAAAAUAAACUGCCUAAUAUGUUAUCAAAGGAAGUACCAGAUAAUGAUAUAAGACAGAAGAAUGAUGAAAUAGACUCUCUAAUGUUUAAGUCUGAUAUUUUAAAAGCAGCUCUUAUGUCAAAAAAAUCACCUGAAUCGCUUGGGAAUUCAUCUGAAGUGUGUGAUCAACCUUCUGUUAUUGAAUAUCCAACUAUGGUAGAAUGUAAACAAAAUGAAAAUUUACCGAAAGUUGGUCAAGACUCUAUUGCUAAUAAAAUAGAAGCAGAAAUAAAACUUGCUAUUAAAGAUCAGCCAACUAAAAUUAAAAAAUCACAAAAUAAGAUUGUUAGUAAUGUACCAGAAAUGUCUAAAGAAGCAUGUAGCUCUAUUUGUCUUAAUGAAAACGCAACAGUUGGUAAACACGAUGAGCCUCCAAAAUGGGGUUCAGCUAAAAUGAAUGAAGUAGAAAAAUUUUUAAAUGAUUCCAAUGUAACCAUUACUCCUAUUUGCAAGUCUCAAGAAUCACCAAAACUUGGUAAAAUAACAUUAAAGUUACCUAAAGUUGGAAAUCCAGAAAUUAAAUCUGAAACUACAGUUCGUCCAGAUGUUAAAUCUGAAUUAAUAAAAAAAAUUACAAAUAAACAUAUUGCUAUGGGGGAUAGUCCUUUAAAAAAUGCUCUUUCUCAACCUUCUAAAUCUUUUAGUGAAUUUGCUACUAUUCGCCCUGCACCUAAACUCAGUGCGGAACAAAUUGCUCUUUUAGAGCAACAGAUUUUAAAUACCCCUAAAAAAAGAGGUAGACCCCCAAAAGCUUUAGCUCAACAAAAGCAAUUAUUGUUAGAAUAUCAACAACAACAACAGUCAAAAGUUCAAGAAGGCAGUACUGAAGAUGAACCUGUUUUUCAUGUUCCAUUGUUUGAUAUGGAAGACAUGAGUGGAGGGGCAGGAAUGUUUGAUUCCUUUGAAGCAUCAACACCAAAGCGAGGAAAGAGUAUCAGAGGGAAAGGUAGUCGAGGGCGAAGAGGACGAGGAGGUCGUGGUGGUCGUGGCCGCGAUGGAUCAGAUAGUGAUACAGCAUCAAAUAGUCGACGUGUAGACGAUGAAGGAGAAACUUUUCAUGAAGAAAUGAAUCAAGAAGAAGAAACCAAACAAGUAGCAAUGAUAGAAGCUGAGCGACUCCGAAAAGAAGAAGAACGGGAAAGAAAAUUAGAGGCAAGGAAAAAAAAAAUAAAACUCCGCAAUGAUAUUUUAAAAGAAAAAAAAAUGAAAAAGAAACAAAGAGCAGAAGAAAGAAGAUUGCAGUGGCAUGAGAAGAAAAGGCUUAUGCAAGAAGAAAAAGCUCGUGCAGCCGAGAUGAAGAAAUCUCUUCCACCACCUCAAAAUUUUGAUGAUGAAACUCGUAUGAGUGCUGAUUGUAAUAAUAGUCUGUCCCAAACAACUGCUAGGAAUUUUAUUUUAGGUGAAGAAGAUUUGUCUAUUAGUGGUACUACAAAUGAUAGUAUUAGAAUGAAGAAAGGAAGAAUGGAAGUCAUUGAUCUUGAAAGUAAUAAAACAUUAACUGUUGAUCAAAUUGCUGAGUACCAAUGGCCAUUGGAUGGUGGAGAGUUGUAUAUGAUUCAAGAGCAGAUAUCAAAUUUCUUGGGUGUUAAAUCAUUCAAAAGAAAAUACCCUGGAUUGAAACGUCGUAAUGUCGAAGCUGAAGAACGAACAUUCUUGUGUGACAGUGGAUUGGUUGCUGAAUCAUUAUGUGAUCUUGGUUUAACAGUUCUGUAUAGUUCGGAAGUAUUAGAUAUCAUGUAUACAGAUUUUCCAGAAAAAUAUGAAGAACUGAGGGAAUAUAUGAGACUUAAACAUGCCAAAGAAUUAUCUAAUCGACAAAGAGCAUUGAUGACAAUUAGUUCAAAUAAUGAUGGGUCAAAGUUAGAUUUACGUGACCGAGCUAUGGAAGCUGUUGCCAAUUGGAAUGCCAAUUUAAACAAGUCUCGUCUAGAGUCUCGUAAGUGUUCAAUGGAUAUGCAAACAUUCAUUGUGCAUUAUCCAAAAAACAAAUGUAAGAAAAUGGCCGUGCCUAAACCUAAAAUUGGUAGUUAUCCAUUGGCUUUACUACCCGGACAAUUCUGUGAUUACUACUCAACAUACUCUAGUGAAGAUUUACGUUACUUGCCAAUGAACACUGUUAUGUAUGGUCCUUUGAAAUCUGUAGAUAAAGACUUUCCUGUUUCUUUAAGCAGCCAAUCUGAAUCGGAAGAUAGUUCUUCAGACGACUCUAGUGAUAGUGAUGAUUCAAUCGACAUUGACAACAAACCAGACAAAAAUUGUUUGGAGUAUGGUCCGAGUGAUAAAAAAGGAGCUGAAUGCAAAUUAUGUCUUGGCACUGCAGAUAAAAACAAAAUUGGAUCGGUUGAACCAUUAAUUCAUUGUUCAAAAUGUUUGACGAUUUAUCAUCCUACAUGUUUGGAUAUGACAUUGGAGAUGGUUCCCUACAUAAAGCGUUACAAUUGGCAAUGUAAUGAAUGUAAAUCUUGUGCUCAGUGUAAGGAAGUGGCUGAUGAAGAUAAAAUGUUGUUCUGCGACCUUUGUGAUAGAGGAUAUCACAUUUAUUGUGUAGGACUUCGUAGAGUACCUGAAGGUCGUUGGCAUUGUCAAGAAUGUGCUAUGUGCAGUUCGUGUGGGGUUUCUGAUCCGGGACCAGGUGAUUCUAAAUGGUUUUACGAGUUUAAGAAAACUGAAAAAAAUGGUUCCAAAGUCUAUUGUCGUACAUUGUGUGCACCGUGUUCCAGGUCAUGGAAAAAAGGCCAUUUCUGCCCUAAUUGCAUGCGUUGCUAUCCUAUCAAAAACGUCGAGCGCAUGACACAGUGUAACAGUUGUGAUAGAUACUUACACUCAGAAUGCAUCAGUGAAAGUACAUCAGUUAAUCAAGUUGUUACAUGUACUAUAUGCGAAGAAAAAGCAGUUUCUAGAUUGUUAACUACAGUGCCUAGGUCUUUGAUUAAAGUCUGA